AUGGAUUUGACAGAUGGGGACUAUGUGCGCAUUGCACUACCUCCACAUCCAGCUGAACAGUUGAAUCAUCUACCAACUCGAUUUGUUGCAAGUGCCAGGUUCCGUGGGCUGUCUGUACAAGACAUCUUCUCCAAUGACCUGAUGACCAGAUUGGGCUGGAUGGAGCCCGGCACAGUCACAACCAGAUCGGUGCCCACUGACUAUGACUUUGACUUGCAUGAAGAUGUGGCACUAUUUCAAACUCAUCAAUACAUGCCUGCCAUCAUCGACGCAGCAGUCAAAAGCUGUCGCCUUGACUAUGACAUGAUGCCGCUGCGCCAAGCCGCAAGGUCAGAUGAGGAACAAGACCCAAGACCAACACAAGGAAUCCAAGAUCAGCCACCAGUCAUCCAGGGACUCCAUCUACUAUGGCAGCUACAUGGCGCCUUUGAGAGAGGAGCAAUAGAAGCGGUUUUGCAUAUUCAAACAUGGUUCCUCAGCUUUCCCCGCUGGGGCCAAUGCCGAGAACCACGUGGCUUAGCCCUUGGACCUGCCUUUCAAACAUGGCAGCAAGACAUGUUUGAUUUAUGGCGGGAUCGACUGGAACCUGAUUUUCCUGCAGAGAUCUAUCUUGUGGUCCCUACGCCACCAACUUCACCAUAUCAGCAACAAGAUCGACCUCACGUGAUUGUAGUCCAAAGAGCUCCAGCUGAAGGACGUGCAGUUUUGGUUACGGCAGUCAAGCCAGAACAUCCCAUGGAGCAUCUUGCAACAUACAUGCCAGUCGUUGCAGGGAAAACAGACAUCAUCAUGGUUGCGCAACUUGAGAUGCACUGUUUACCGCAAACAUCGGAACUACAAUGUAUGAUCUGGCAUGGUGAUCGCCAACUGACCACUGGACAGCAAUGGCAUUUAGUCCAUGGCACUGGACUUGAGAUUAUCAUCAAUCCUCCUUUACCUGGACCGUCUGCCAAUGCCGCGUGGGAUCACAGUGAUGAUGAAGUUGAACUGCUACAACGCACUUCUCGCCACACCAUCUCGCUCGAUGAGCUGAUCCCACAUGUUGAAGUUGUGAAGCUCAAGGCGGAAAACCCCAUGCAGAUCUUACCGACGUAUCUUGAAAUUCCAGCCCAUUCUGGAAAUGCUGGAGUACAAGCUGAGCUAUGUCAUUGGGGACUACGCUGUGAAGUACAUCGCUUUGGCAAACGAAGCGAAUUUCUCUGCACUGAAGAGGCCCACGCCAGAGAUACGACGAAAUUUCACUACAUGCUCUGCCAUGACGAUCUCUGUGACGAAGACGGUGCCAUUCUUCAUUCCACAGAUGUAGCCUUGCAGCAACCUCAACUGAUGGAGCUACUCUGCUCUCUUGGUUACCCACGAGCAGUCAUCAUGUCGCAAUGUGAAGUUGACGUACAUUUCUUCUGCGUGCGCUUCCUGAACAUUCAACCAGAGUUACAGGAUGACCGUCGAAGCAAAAGAAUCCCAACUCCAUGGCCACAGCGACAUGAUCUUCAAUGGCAACAGAGAAAGCUUUUUGAACCUUCUCCACUUCAAGAACCCGACACUGACAGGGACUGUUGUGUGCAUACGCCAUUUCUUCAGCAGCACAUUGUAGAGCUCACCAAACUAGCUGGACCCCAGCCGCACAAGAUUGAUUGGAGCCAACCACAUGUCCGACAAGUACUACAAGACCACAUCCAAGGCCUUGCAGCGGAUCCCUGGCAUACUGAUGUGGAGCAACAAGCCAAUUCUUUGGCAAACCAGCUCCAUGAAGCAAUGCGUAAAGGACCCAAGGUCAAGGCUAUCGCCAAAAAACCAUACAUCACUGAUGAAAUUUGGAAUAUGCGUGUGAAAAAGGUGAAGAUCCGCAGGAAACUGCGGGAGCUGAACAGACGAUCAGGUCUUCAUGCUCUAUUUACUGCAUUCAGAGCCUGGACAAAUCGCUACACUGACUCUGAGUUCCACGCAUAUCACACACAUUGCCGAACGCUUUUGUGCUCCAAGUUCAAACUUGUUGUUGCACAUCGUCAUGUAGCGCACCAACUACGACAAGCGUUGCGAUCUGCCAAACAUGUUUUGUUGGCGGAUCGACUUGACAAUCUUGCAGAGACCACAUCGGCAGCUAAUGUGCUCAAAUGUCUCAAAGACUUCAUUGGACCGACCAACUUGAAGCAUUGCAAAAAGAAGCCAGACUUCAUCGACAUUCUCAAGAAGUAUGCGACAGACCAUGCGAUCUCAUGGACGGCCUGGUGCAACACUGUGCAAUUUUUUGCAGAGUCUUUUGGUGCAGACGAUGCGAUCUUUGCGAAUGUUGCCUGGACGGACAUGCAGAAUUGUCUUCGGUUGUUAUGCAAUGAGGAGCAUUUUCCAUUCUUGAAGAUGGUCAACAAGAAGCAGCUGCUUGCGGAUCCUGUGAGCGUUCUGGAGCGGCAAUGCGUUGCAGCGAGUGAGCAGAUGAACUAUGUGUUGCACGUGAACAUGCCGUGGCUGAUGAUCGCGUUGCUCCUCGCCCUGUUCGCAGCGCUACUGAGCUUUGGGGCUUUGAAUGCAUGA